AGUUGUUCAAUGAAGAAACAAGGUUGUGAAAUUGAAGCAAUAGGCAUCAACUACACAAUCUAUACACAUAAAAGAGAAACCCCUUUUAGUUUUUUUAGCAGAAAACAACACCACAAGUGUAUAAAAGGAGUUCAAGAAUUGGAAAAAGGUGAUACUAAUAAUAAUCCAAAGUCUAUAAGGCAUGUUCUUAAGGAUGUGAAUUGUAGAGCAAAAACAGGUGAAAUUCUAGCUAUUGUUGGUCCAAGUGGUGCUGGAAAGUCUACUUUUUUAGAAGUUUUAGCAGGAAAGAUUGAGCCACAAAGUGGAUCUAUUUUUGUGAACCAAAAACCAGUUGAUAAAGCAAGGUUUAAGAAGAUUUCAGGCUAUGUUACACAAAAGGACACUCUGUUUCCUCUGUUAACUGUUGAAGAAACAUUAAGUUUUAGUGCAAAACUAAGGUUAAAACUUGCUCCUAAAGAAUUGAGUUCAAGGGUUAAGUGUUUGAUUCAAGAACUUGGUUUAGAACAUGUUGCUGGUGCUAGGAUUGGUGAUGAUCGAAUUCGAGGGAUUUCAGGUGGUGAAAGGAGGAGAGUUUCUAUAGGAGUUGAACUGAUUCAUGACCCUGGAGUCUUGAUUCUUGAUGAGCCAACUUCAGGUCUUGACAGUACUUCAGCAUUGCAGAUCAUUGACAUGCUUAAAACCAUGGCUGUUACUCGUGAUCGAACGAUAAUUCUUAGUAUUCAUCAGCCAUGUUUUAGGAUCAUGAAGUUGUUCAACUCAAUCCUACUUUUGGCUAAUGGUACAAUCUUGCAUCAUGGAACCAUUGAACAGCUUAGUUUAAGGUUAAUCCUAUUAGGAUUAGACCUUCCCUUUCAUGUCAACAUACUUGAAUUCGCCAUCGAAUCGAUUGACAUAAUCCAGAAACAAAACCACACAUUGUUGCCUCAAUCAGCACUUAUGAUCAAGAAUUCAGGUAAGUUCACUUUACAGCAACUCUUUCAAGAAUCUAAACUGAUAAAUGAAGACUCUUUGUCUAUGUCUAUGUCUAUGUCUAUGCCUAUGCCUAUGCCUAUCCAUGUUGGCUUUGCAAAUUCAAGUUUGCAAGAGAUUGUGAUCCUUACAAUAAGGUUUUGGAAAAUCAUAUACAGAACAAAGGAGCUUUUUGGUUUUAAGACACUACAAAUGUUACUCUCAGGACUUGUUUUAGGAUCAAUUUUUUACAAUCUUGAAGAUGAUUUAGUUGGAGCACAAGCAAGAGUUGGCUUAUUUGCAUUCAUCUUGACAUAUCUUUUGUCAAGUACAACAGAAGCAUUACCAAUAUUCUUACAAGAAAGGGAUAUACUAAUGAAAGAAACAUCUUGUGGGAGUUAUAGAGUUUCAUCUUAUGUCAUAGCCAACAGCCUUGUCUACUUGCCAUUUCUGUUGAUUCUUGCAUUGCUUUUCUCAACUCCAUUAUACUGGAUGGUUGGUUUAAACAAACAGUUUAUGGCAUUCAUGCACUUUUUGUUACUAAUUUGGCUCAUUCUAUACACAGCAAACUCAAUUGUUGUGUGUUGUAGUGCCUUAGUACCAAACUUCAUCAUUGGGAACUCAUUAGUUUGUGCUAUCAUGGGAUCAUGUGCAUUGUUCUCUGGUUACUUUGUUUCAAAAAAUGAGAUACCAAAUUAUUGGAUUGUGAUGCAUUAUGUAUCCCUUUUUAAGUACCCUUUUGAAGGGUUCUUGAUUAAUGAGUUUUCUGGUUCUGGAAAGUGCUUACAAUACAUGUUUGGGAUGUGUUUGGCCAGUGGUGAACAAGUACUAAAAGAGGAAGGAUAUGGUGGUGAAGAAAGUAGAAGGAAGAAUUUGCUUAUUAUGGUUUGUUUUAUCAUGCUUUAUAGGUUCAUUUCUUAUGUAAUUCUUAGAAUUAGAUGUACUUCUCAAGGAGGAUUCAAAAAGAUCUUCAUUUCAAUUAGAUGA